GAGCCCUCUACAGGGACGUCAUGCAGGAGAACUACGAGACGGUGACGUCACUGGGAUUUCCCAUUCCCAAACCUGACCUGAUCGCCCGGCUAGAACGAGGGGAAGAGCCGUGGGUCCCGGAUCUCCAGGCUGAUGAGGAAAGGGAGAGCCCGAGAGGCAUCCACACAGGCAGUGACUCCUGUCUGGAUUCUUUCUCCUCCAGCAGGUGACAGGACAGUGACUGAGAACAAGAAGGAGAAUCAGCAGGUGGAAGGUCCUGAGAAAGUGGAACUGCAGGGGAUAUUUUUGAGAAGAGCUGAAGGGAAUUUUUCCCAGUGCUUGGAACAGGGAAAUGCCUGGAGAGAUCGACACAGAUCAGAGAUGCAGCUGGGAAACUAUCCCAGGAAGAAACUGGAUGAAUCCAUUCAAUGUGGUGGAGGAUGCAAGGAUCCCAAGGAAAUCACAGUCCAGCAGACAAGUCACAAUGAAGAGAAACCUUACAAAUGCCUUGACCGUGGGAAAAGUUUCCAUUUCAGUGCAAGCCUUAUUAAACAUUGGAGAACACACACAGGAGAGAAGUCCUAUAAAUGUGUAGACUGUGGGAAAAGCUUCAGUGAGAAAUCAAACUUUAUUGUGCACCAGAGACUGCACAUAGGAGAGAAACCAUAUAAAUGUCUUGAGUGUGGGAAAAGUUUUAGUCAGAGUUCAUACCUUACUGCACAUCGGAGAAUCCACUCAGGAGAAAGACCCUAUAAAUGCCUUGAGUGUGGGAAAAGUUUCAAUUUGAAAUCAACCCUUAAUACACAUCACAAAACUCACACAGGUGAGAAACCCCAUAAAUGCUUGGAGUGUGGGAAAACUUUCACUCAGCGCAUUCACCUUACUCAACAUAGGAAAAUCCACACGGGAGAGAGACCAUACAAAUGCCUUCAGUGUGGGAAAGCUUUCACUCAGCGCAUUCACCUUACUCAACAUAGGAAAAUCCACACGGGAGAGAGACACUAUAAAUGCCUUCAGUGUGAGAAACUUUUCAGUACGCGAUGGAACCUUAUUAAACAUGAGCGAACCCACACCGGCGAGAAACCAUAUAAAUGCUUGGACUGUGGGAAAACUUUUGGUCAGAGCUCAUACCUUAUUAAACAUAGGAGAAUCCACACAGGAGAGAGACCAUAUAAUUGCUUUGAGUGUGGAAAAAAUUUUGUUGACAGAACAAAAUUUACUAGACAUCAGGCAAUCCACGCAGGAGAGAGACCAUAUACUUGCUUUGAGUGUGGGAAAAAUUUUGUUGACAGAACAAAACUUACUAGACAUCAGGCAAUCCACACAGGAGAGAAACCCCAUAAAUGCUUGGACUGUGGGAAAAGCUUCAUUCGGAAGUCACAACUUACUGUACACCAGAAAGUUCACGCAGCAGAGGGAUCUUAUAAAUGCCUUGAGUGUGGUAAAACUUUUAUUCAUAACUCAAAGCUUACUACGCAUCAGAGAACCCACAGAGGAGAGAGACCUUAUAAAUGCCUGAACUGUGGGAAAACUUUUACUCACAACUCAAAGCUUACUAAACAUCAGAAAACCCACACAGGAGAGAGACCCUAUGGAUGCCUUGAGUGUGGGAAAAGUUUUAUUCAGAAGUCACAUCUUACUACACAUCAGAGAACCCACACAAGAGAAAGACCUUAUAAAUGCCUGGAGUGUGGGAAAACUUUUAUUCAUAACUCAAAGCUUACUACACAUCAGAGAACCCACACAGGAGUGAGACCCUAUGGUUGCCUUGAGUGUGGGAUAAGUUUUAUGGAAAGUUCAUCCCUUAUUAAACAUGGGAGAAUCCACACAGGAGAAAGACCCUAUAAAUGCCUGGACUGUGGGAAAACUUUCAGUCAAAGCUCACACCUUAAUAAACAUCGGAGAAUCCAUGGAGGAGAGAGACCCUAUAAAUGCCUUGAGUGUGGGAAAAGUUUUUUUGAAAGUUCAUCCCUUAUUAAACAUGAGCGAAUCCACGUGGGAGAAAGACCCUACAAAUGCCUGGAGUGUGGGAAAAGUUUUAAGGAAAGUUCAUCCCUUACUAAACAUGGGAGAAUCCACACAGGAGAAAGACCCUAUAAAUGCCUUGAGUGUGGGAAAAGUUUUGUUCGUCAAACAUUCUUUAUUAAGCAUCAGAGAAUCCACACAGGAGAAAGACCCUAUAAAUGCCUGGACUGUGGGAAAACUUUCAGUCAAAGCUCACAGCUUACUCAACAUGGGAGAAUCCACACAGGAGAGAGACCCUUUAAGUGCCUUGAGUGUGGGAAAAGUUUUAUUCAGAAGUCAUAUCUUACUAGACACCAGAGAGUUCACACAGGAGAGAGACCCUUUAAAUGCCUUAAGUGUGGGAAAAGUUUUAUGGAAAGUUCACCCCUUACUAAACAUAGGAGAAUCCACACAGGAGAAAGACCCUAUAAAUGUCUUGAGUGUGGGAAAAGUUUCAGUUUGAAAUCAAUCCUUAAUACACAUUACAAAACUCACACAGGAGAGAAACCUCAUAAAUGCCUGGAGUGUGGGAAAACUUUCAGUCAGCGCUCAAAUCUUAAUCAACAUGGGAAAAUCCACACACGCGAGAGACCGUAUAAAUGCUUUGAUUGUGGGGAAAGCUUCAGUAAGAGUUCAGAGCUGACCACACAUCAGAAAAUCCACAAGGGCGAGAGACCCUAGAAAUAGCUUGAUUGCAGGAAAAGAUUCAAUUUGACUUCAAGCAUCAGUGAUCCACACAACAGAGAGACCUUGAAUGUGGUGGAAGCUUCAUUUGGUGUUCCUGGAAUAUCAGGGAUCCACAAAUCCACACAGGGAAGAAACCUCUGAGAUGUUCUUAGUGUGGAAAAUGCUCCAAGUGGAACUGUCAUUUCAGGCUCCUCCACAGAGCAGGGAAAUUCUCUCAGGGCCCUGACUGGGGCUGGCCAUGGUGACAAACCCAUUUCCUCGUUCCCACACACAUCAGGGGUGUUUGGCUCCCAAGAUCCAGCUGCCCAUUGCUGAGGUGAGGAUCCAGCAGCAGCCGAGCAUAAGCUGGUCAGUGACCCUCUGGCUCUUCCCCGGUCAGUCCCUCCUCCCUGCUGCAGCCCUGGCUUCUGAGCUGAUGGGCUACAGGUGGGGGAAGGGAAAGAGAGAAACUCCUCCAGAUGCUCCCUCUGCCUGGCUGAAGUUUCCUGCUCUCCCUUCCCCUCCCAGCCGGGAUCCCCCUGCCAUGGAGAUGAGGAGAAAGACACUUGGGCCAGGCCCCACCUUCUCUCUAGACACCUGUCCCCUCCCCCAUCUUCCACCAGCCCCUGGGUUGGGCCACCCCACUGACCUGUUCCCUGCAGGGGGAGUGUCCCUGGGGGCUGGUAACUUCUCCCCUCCCCAAAUCCCCCUGGGCAUUGGGUUCUGGGGGAUCAAGUAUUGAGGGACCAGGAGGAUGGGUUUUGGGGAGGGAACUGGGGAUUGAAUGAUUGGGGCUGGUGGAGCUGGGUGCUGGGGUAUUGAGUGUUUGAGGAUCAUGGGAUAAGAGGCGAGGGAGAGCACAGGGGUAGCGAGGUGCUGCCUCAUCACUCACCCCCUCUGCCCCAUCUCCCUGCCCCCUCUGCAUUCAGACAGCACCACUGAGAGGGGCUGAUUCCCACAGAGCCAUUUGUGAGAGGCCUGGAGAUCCCAACUGUGCUUCCGAGCAUCUGUCUAUGGUAGGAAAUGUGGUUGGGAUUAGCCAGCGCAUCUCUGUGACCCUCCACCAGAUUUCCUAGUGUAACCUCAUCCUGAGCAUCUUAUAUGUAAGCCUAAGAUUUUGUCAUGGAUAUCUUUAAUAAAAGUCAUGGACAGGUAACAGGCAAUAAAGAAAUAUUCACGGAAGCCUGUGACCUGUCCGGGACUCUUACUAAUAAUAUCUGUGACAAAAUGGGGCGAGAGAAGGCUGCAGCACCCAUUGCUGGGGCUCUGGCUGGGAGCUGCAUUGGCCCCCUGCCUCCCAUGGCUCGGAGCUCCGGGGCGGCCUUGCUUAGUGCUGCGUGGUACCCCCACAGCCUGCAGCAGCUUAGAGCUUCGGGGACCCCACAGCUCUGAGCCACCAUGGGCUGACGUCGCAGAGGUCUCUGGACGUCACAGAUUCUGUGACUUCUUCGAAUCCGUAGCAAAAUCAUACCUUUACUUACGUGUUCUGACCUCCUCCCUUUUGCUGGGUGGUCAUUAGUCCCGGAGUUCCCCCUUUGGGGCCGGAUUGUCUCAUUCCCAGAUAGUCUCACAUUACUCCAGGCCCUGCUGUAAAGCAUUGAGUGUUUGUACAUUUUCUUCCUUAUGCACCAGAAUUAACUAGAUGCUAAAAAAGUGGGAGCAGGGACUCACUCCACUCUCCACAGAGCUGCCUCUGUCCCAGCAAUGGACAGUUUUAUCUUCCCCUCUGCCUCUCAAGGUGUCACUUACCACCGUGUCCCUGGCUCUCCAUGCCUAGGAAUCACAGGUUUGAUGUCUAUGAUCCUAAGUCAGACUCAAGAGGGCUGGAGAAGAAAGUGCCACAGAGCCAGGAGUGGCUGGGGAAAUUCCAUGGACUCUAAAGCACAGUUUGACCUUACAGAUCCUAGAGCCCUGUUUGCAUCUAUUGGUGAAAUUAGUUCCCGGGUUUUUCUAGGUUAGUCCAGAUCAUUUGUAGAUGGGAAGACUUGUGUUUCUUUCUCUUUCUUUUAGUAUAAUGAUGCUAAAACUUUUGCAAGUAAUACAACCAAAUAAUGAGGCGAGAAGUGAAAGUGGUUUAGCCGCUACAGAAGAAAAUGGGUAGAAUAGUGAGAUUUUACUGUAUGUUUGUUACUAGGGUGACCAUAUUCCACGUGCCCAAAAAGAGGACACUGACGAGGAGUGGGAGCUGGGGGGUAGAAUUGUGGGUGCUGGAGGGUUGCGGGGGGAGUACUCACGAAGUGAGGGCAGUGUCGGUCACUGUCACAGUGGCAGGGCGCUGGUACAAGCCCAGAACACAGCAACAGCCGUCCGUCAG